ACCGAAUGAAUGAUGGUCAGUCAAGUUGACUACACUGUGAAAAGGUAUACAAGAUGGCGUCCCGUAUUAAUGUCACAAGAUUGCGACACAUUUUCUCUUAUUUAACGGCUAAACAAAAUGCGCAAAACGUAAUAGCCGUUAGAAAUUUUCACUCCAUAACAAGUUCUGCUGUCCUUCCUAAUGGCCAGCACAAAGACUACCUACUAUGCAGACCUCAGACUGGAUUUGUAGAAGGACAACGUUCUAUGUUCAUUCAAACGCAGGAUACACCAAACCCCAACAGCUUGAAAUUUUUACCAGGAGUUGAUGUACUUGGUCCAGGUAAAACUAAAGAUUUCCCCAAUGGAACGGAAGCAUUUUGUUCCCCCUUGGGUAAACUACUAUUCCGAAUUGAAGGCGUCAAAGCAGUCUUUUUUGGGCCGGAUUUUAUAACAGUUACAAAGGUUGAUGAAGAUAUGGACUGGAAGGUUUUAAAACCAGAAAUAUUUGCCACCAUUAUGGACUUUUUUGCUAGUGGACUUCCUAUUAUAAAUGAAUCUGCCCAGAAACCUUCAGACACAGAAAUUGCGGAGGAUGACGAUGAGACUGUUCAAAUGAUAAAAGAGUUACUUGAUACUCGAAUCAGACCAACAGUACAGGAAGACGGAGGAGAUAUUUUAUUUAUAAGUUUCCAAGAUGGGAUUGUAAAAUUAAAAAUGCAAGGUUCCUGCUCAUCCUGUCCUAGUUCUGUUGUAACUCUGAAAAAUGGAGUUCAGAAUAUGUUGCAAUUUUAUAUACCAGAGGUGGUUGCUGUGGAAGAGGUUACUGAUGAUUUGGAGAUAAUGACAAAGUUUGAAUUUCAAAAAUUAGAGAGGAAACUUCAAGAAAAAGAAGAAAAGAAAAAGGAGUGAAGCAACUAUCUGUAAAAUUAAUCAAUAAUAAUAAUAAAAUAUAUCAUAACAAUGUUUAUUAAA